AUGAAAUUUCAACUUGUGAUCGUUCUUGUCAUCGCAGGAGUCUUUGCCAUGGCUCAAGCGCAAGAUAUAUCUGCAUUGCUGAUGGACAAAAAUUAUGUUCUAAGGCAGAUUGACUGCGUUUUGGAACGAGGACGGUGCGACUCCGUUGGACAACAACUCAAAGUUGCGUUGCCGGAAGCAUUGAACAACAAUUGCCGUCGAUGCACCCCGUCUCAAGCAAGGAAUGCCCGAAAACUCGUGGAAUUCAUGAAGAGAAACCAUCCCAACGAAUGGCUCGCCAUUGCCGACUAUUAUGCUAACAAAUAUCGUGCUUGA